AUGGAUGACGACGACCUCCAAAAGAUCCGGCAAGCUCGCCUGCAGCAGCUUCAGCAGGAGCAAGGAAGCUCGGGAGGUGGGCAAUCUGAUCAACAGGGCGCCCAGCGAGAAGCCGAAACCGAAGCUCGCAAAUCCAUGCUCUCCCAGAUCUUGACUCCAGAAGCAAACGACCGCCUUGGUCGCAUCGCACUCGUCAAAGCCGAUAGAGCACGUGAUCUUGAAAACCGACUGAUUAUGAUGGCAAGGGCAGGUCAGAUACGGCAAAGGAUUACGGAUACCGAGCUCAGGGGUAUGCUUGAGAGUGCUAGUGGGACCGAGGGAAAGAAAGAGGAAGGAAAAGUCGUUUUUAGGAGAAGAGGUGGUGGAUUUGACGACGACGAUGACGAUUGGGAUUAA